AUGGUGCAUGCCGCUUGUGUUGAGAGGUGCGUUGAAUCCCUGGCCAAUAAUCUGGUGUUUCACACAGCUGUGGAGCACUUCAGAAAGAGCAAGAAUUCUGCAGAGGGAGGCACAAACAGCAAGCAGCUAAAUGGAAGCGGCUCCCUGCCCCAUAUUAUCAUCUCCAAUGUAGAGCAUGACUCCAUCAAACUCACAGCUAAACACUUGUUAAAAGAGGGCAAAGCAGAUGUCACAUUUGUGCCCGUUUCCAAGGUUACGGCACGGGUGGAGGUUGAGGAUGUCAUUGCAGCGAUUCGUCCCACCACCUCCUUGGUGUCGAUCAUGCUGGCCAAUAAUGAGACGGGCAUCAUUAUGCCAAUUAAGAAUAUUUGUCAGAGGGUGAGGGAAGUAAACAAACAGAGGGCAGCAUCGGCUCCCAAAAUCCUCCUGCACACCGAUGCAGCACAGGCUAUUGGAAAGAUACGAGUGGAUGCACAUGAGCUGGGAGUAGACUAUAUUACCAUUGUAGGACACAAGUUUUAUGGCCCUAGAAUUGGCGCUUUGUUUGUGAAUGAUCCUGGAACCACAACCCCGGUUUACCCUCUGUUUUUUGGAGGAGGACAAGAGUGCAACUUCAGACCAGGAACUGAGAAUACAGCAAUGAUAGCCGGUCUGGGAAAGGCUGCAGAAUUGGUAAGUUCAAAUCUAGCAGAGUAUGAAGCCCAUUUCCUGGACAUCCGAUGUUAUCUGGAGCAGAAGCUGCUUGCUGUCUUUGGAAAAGAUACGAUUCGUUUUAACAGCCAUUUUCCUGGCUCAGACAUUUUGCCCAACACAUGCAAUGUGUCCAUUUUGGGAAGGGGACUUCAAGGACGUAGAGUGCUGUCCACCUGUAGGAGGUUGUUGGCCAGUGUGGGUGCUGCCUGCCACUCAGACAGAGGAGAUCAACCUUCCCAUAUUCUUCUAAACUGUGGGAUUCCAUAUCAUGUGGCUACCAACGCUUUGAGGAUCAGUGUGGGUAGAAGUACCUCCCGUGAAGAUGUGGACAUUGUCGUGGAGGAUCUGAGAGACACCGUAGAGCAACUGGAGCGGAUGAACUAGCACCAUGGAUAUUGUACCUGCUUAUGUUUGUAUAUAUAUA